AUGGCUACCAUGGCUACAAUGACCUGGUCCAAGGUUAUGCUUCUUCUUUCCUUUAUUUUGUUACAAGUCGCUUGGGUAGAUGCCUAUUCAAUUGACGAUUCCUGUGCACCAAUCAAGGACACCUUAGUUGAAGCUGUCAAAAAUUCUAUGAAGCUUGCAGAAGAUGCAGGAACUGCAUUGGAUGGAAACGAUCCCAACGUUAAUGAGCUGAAAGGGUGGUUCUUCGCUGGAUAUCGUCUUGACACUGUGAGGGCAAUCUACAAGAAUGUGCAAGAAUUCAAGAACUUGAAAAAUGUUGAUCUAAAUAAUAACCAUGAUCCAAUUCUAUACUGCGACCUCUCUCGAUAUGAAGAAACCACGAUCACGGGCGACGACGGAAAAGAGCAAACAGUCCUCUUCGACAAGACCACCAAGCUUCUUGUGCCAAAGUCAAAGGAGUACGAUGGAUGUAAAACCGGCGACACAGUUGCCUAUAGGUCGGCACAGGUGAAAGAUGGGCAACUAGUCAAGAACUCGAUUCAGCUUUGCCCCUGGUAUCUCACCGUCCUAGGCCAUUCGGCCUAUGCAACCAUUGAUACGGUGACAAACCACAAGAAUCUCAACGACUACAACCCUAAGCGUCCCCUCUCAGCGGGUGAGCCCAAUGCCGAUGUAUUCGGCAGUCGACUUGAUGUUUCUCUAUUGCAUGAGUUUUCACACGCCCUCGCUGAUGACAAGGGACACACACUCGACUGGGCGUACAGGUGGGAAGGUUGUAUGUCAGCUGGGCCGACAGGGUGCAAUAAUGCGGAGUCUAUCUCGUACUUUGCAAUGGGUGUGCAAUUGAUCAACAAGAAGGCUUAUUUCACCAAGGAGGGAAAGAUGGACUUGUUGAGUAGGAAGCCAAAGCCCGGGAAGCGAGAUGUACAGAUGGUUAUGCGUCCCUGGACUGGUUAA